ACGACAACGUUCGGAAUCAACGGGAGCAUCUAGUCCUCCACUUGGCGAAUUCCCAAAUGCGGCUCCACCCUCCUUCAAAGCAGCCGGAUGAACUCGACCGUACGGUGCUUCGUCGGUUCCGCCAGAAGCUCCUUCAGAGUUACUCUUCGUGGUGCUCGUAUUUAGGUCGGAAAUCUAAUGUACGGCUCUCGAACCGGCAGGACCAGAGUGAUGCCCGACGAGAAUUGCUAUAUGUGUCGCUUUACCUUUUAAUCUGGGGCGAGUCUGCUAAUCUUCGAUUUGUUCCUGAAUGUAUAUGUUACAUCUAUCACUUUAUGGCGAUGGAACUUAACCAGAUUCUUGACGAAUACAUAAACCCCGACACGGGUAGGCCAUAUUUGCCUUCGUUUCAUGGGGACUGUGGAUUUUUGAAGAGUGUGGUAAUUCCCAUUUACCAGACUAUUAAGACUGAGGUCGAGAGUAGCAGAAAUGGUACAGCACCACAUUCGGCGUGGAGAAAUUACGACGAUAUCAAUGAGUAUUUCUGGAGUAGAAGGUGUUUCAACAAUCUUAAGUGGCCCUUAGAACUAAAUAGUAAUUUCUUUGCCACGAUAGAGAAAAACAGGCGAGUCGGGAAGACAGGUUUUGUGGAGCAGAGGUCGUUUUGGAACAUAUUUAGGAGCUUUGACAAGCUUUGGGUAUUGUUAAUAUUGUUUUUACAAGCUUCUAUCAUUGUUGCUUGGCAGGGGAAGCAGUAUCCAUGGAUAGCUCUGAAGAGUAGGGACCUGCAGGUGGAAUUGCUCACCGUAUUCAUCACUUGGAGCAGUCUGCGGUUGUUUCAGGCCGUGCUUGAUGCUGGAACUCAGUAUAGUUUGGUUUCGAGGGAAACCAUAUGGCUAGGCGUUAGAAUGCUUCUAAAGGGCUUGGCUGCCACUGCUUGGAUUAUAGUUUUUGCCUUAUUUUAUGCUCGGAUUUGGAGUCAAAAGAAUUUGGAUGGCUUUUGGUCAGAUAAGGCAAAUGGGAAGAUUAUUGUUUUUCUUCAGGCUGUCUUUGCUUUUCUUAUCCCAGAGUUGCUGGCAUUGCUAUUCUUUGUUCUUCCAUGGAUUAGGAAUGGACUCGAGAAAUUAGAUUGGAAAGUGAUGUAUUUAUUUACAUGGUGGUUUCAUACUCGAAUUUUUGUUGGACGUGGCUUGCGUGAAGGGCUUAUUGAUAAUAUCAAGUACACAGUUUUCUGGGUAGCAGUAUUGGCUUCUAAAUUUGCUUUUAGUUAUUUCCUUCAGAUCCAGCCCCUUGUUGGUCCAACCAAGGGGCUUUUGAAACUCAAGGGUCCUUAUAAAUGGCAUGAGUUUUUUGGUAGCACCAAUAUUGUUGCGAUUGUGAUGUUAUGGACUCCUGUUGUGCUGAUAUACCUCAUGGAUUUACAGAUAUGGUAUUCUAUCUACUCAUCAUUUGUUGGUGCUAUAGUUGGGCUGUUUUCACAUUUGGGUGAGAUUCGUAAUAUUGGUCAGCUAAGGCUUAGAUUUCAAUUUUUUGCUAGUGCAAUGCAAUUUAAUCUUAUGCCAGAGGAAAAACAGCUCACACUUGAGAUGACAGUUCUGAAGAAAUUCCGUGAUGCCAUCCACCGACUGAAGUUGCGAUAUGGACUGGRCCAAACUUACAAAAAAAUUGAAUCAAGUCAGGUAGAUACUACCAGGUUUGCAUUGAUUUGGAACGAGGUAAUGAUAACUAUGAGGGAAGAAGAUCUCAUCAGUGAUAGAGAUUUCGAGCUCUUGGAGCUUCCACCUAAUUGUUGGAACAUUAGGGUAAUCCGUUGGCCAUGUUUCCUCCUUUGCAACGAGCUGCUCCUUGCUCUCAGCCAGGCAACAGAGCUUGAAACUAAAUCUGACGAGGAUCUCUGGUCAAAGAUAUGCAAGAACGAGUAUCAGAGAUGUGCUGUAAUUGAAGCAUAUGAUAGUGUGAAGGCCUUGCUUUUGAAUAUUGUUAAAUAUGGUUCUGAAGAAAACUCAAUUGUUACAAAAUUAUUCAUGGACAUUGAUUCUGUUAUUAUAAUGGGGAAGUUCACGGAGGCAUACAAGUUAACUGUGCUACCAGAAAUUCACACCAAGUUAAUUUCACUUGUUGAGCUUCUAAUUGGAACGAAGAAAGAUCUGAGCAAGGCAGUGAAUAUAUUACAGGCCUUGUAUGAACUUUCCAUUAGAGAGUUCCCAAGAUCGAAGAAAUCCACCAAGCAAUUGAGAGAAGAAGGGUUGGCGUUUCGUAACUCAGCUGCUGAAGAAGGAUUUCUCUUUGAGAAAGCUGUUGAGUUUCCUGAUAUAGAGGACAAAACAUUUUAUAGGAAUGUCCAGCGUCUGCAUACAAUUCUUACAUCUAGAGACUCAAUGCAUAACGUCCCUUCCAAUCUUGAGGCUAGAAGACGAUUAGCUUUCUUUAGCAAUUCACUUUUUAUGAACAUGCCUCGUGCUCCAUUUGUUGAAAAAAUGAUGCCUUUCAGUGUUCUGACCCCUUACUAUGAUGAAGAAGUUGUGUAUGGUAAAGAAAUGCUGCGAAGUGAAAACGAGGAUGGUGUUUCAACUUUGUUCUAUCUGCAGAGAAUCUAUGAAGAUGAGUGGAGGAAUUUUAUGGAGCGGAUGCGUAGGGAGGGUUUGGAGCACGAGGAUGACAUAUGGACAAAGAAAUCGAGGGACCUUCGUCUUUGGGCAUCAUAUAGGGGCCAGACUUUAUCUCGAACUGUUAGGGGAAUGAUGUAUUAUUAUAGGGCACUAAAACUGUUUUCAUUUCUAGACUCUGCAUCUGAGGAGGUCAUUAGAAUGGGAUCACAAGAAAUUGCUUCACAUGGUUCAAUAACCCGGAAACAUGGCUUGGAUGGUUUUCAUUCAACACAACCUCCUGCUUCCGGGGAUUUGGAUAAUGCAUCUACUGGAGUAGACCUGUUAUUUAGAGGACGUAAAUAUGGGAGUGCCCUUAUGAAAUUCACCUACGUGGUUACCUGCCAGGUUUAUGGGCUACAAAAAGCAAAAAAAGACUCUCGUGCAGAGGAGAUUUUAAAUUUGAUGAAGGAGAACGAAGCCCUUAGAGUUGCAUAUGUUGAUGAAGUUCACCGUGGGAGAGAUGAAGUUGAGUUUUACUCUGUUCUCGUUAAGUAUGAUCAAGAGCUACAGAGGGAGGUGGUGAUCUAUCGAAUCAGGUUGCCUGGUCCCUUGAAGCUUGGGGAAGGGAAACCGGAAAAUCAGAACCAUGCAAUUAUCUUUACAAGGGGUGAUGCAGUUCAGACCAUUGACAUGAACCAAGAUAAUUAUUUCGAGGAGGCACUCAAAAUGCGAAAUUUGUUGGAGGAAUUCAACAACAAUUAUGGUAUUAGGAAGCCAACCAUCUUGGGUGUUCGUGAGAAUGUCUUCACUGGUUCCGUGUCCUCUCUUGCUUGGUUCAUGUCCGCACAAGAGACUAGCUUUGUGACCCUAGCACAGAGAGUUCUAGCAAACCCGUUAAAGGUAAGAAUGCACUAUGGUCACCCUGAUGUAUUUGAUAGAUUCUGGUUUCUGACUCGUGGUGGAAUCAGCAAGGCUUCCAGAGUGAUUAAUAUUAGCGAGGAUAUAUUUGCUGGCUUCAAUUGCACCCUUAGGGGGGGCAAUGUGACACACCAUGAAUAUAUACAGGUGGGCAAGGGAAGAGAUGUCGGAUUAAAUCAGAUCUCUAUGUUUGAGGCCAAGGUGGCUAGCGGCAACGGUGAGCAGGUUUUGAGCAGGGAUAUAUACCGGCUGGGCCAUAGAUUGGACUUCUUUCGAAUGCUUUCAGUUUUCUACACAACCGUAGGGUUCUAUUUCAACACAAUGCUUGUAGUACUUUCUGUUUAUACAUUUUUAUGGGGUCGGCUUUAUCUCGCACUUAGUGGGGUUGAGGAUGCAGCAGCAGCAAGUACGGGAAACAAUAGGGCCCUUGGGGCCAUCUUGAAUCAGCAGUUUGUAAUCCAACUUGGUCUCUUCACUGCACUACCAAUGAUUGUGGAGAACACCCUAGAGCAUGGGUUUCUUCCAGCAGUUUGGAACUUCUUGACAAUGCAGUUGCAGCUAGCAUCAUUUUUUUACACUUUCUCUUUGGGAACUCGUACCCAUUUCUUUGGACGAACUAUUCUUCAUGGUGGAGCUAAGUACCGAGCAACAGGACGUGGGUUUGUGGUGCAGCACAAGAGCUUCGCUGAAAACUACAGACUUUAUGCUCGAAGCCACUUUGUGAAAGCAAUUGAGCUCGGGGUUAUUUUAAUAGUGUACGCUUCACAGAGCCCUCUGGCUACAAGUACUUUUACUUUUAUCAUUUUAUCAAUCUCUUGCUGGUUUCUUGUGGUUUCGUGGAUAAUGGCCCCCUUCAUAUUUAAUCCUUCUGGGUUUGAUUGGUUGAAGACAGUAUAUGACUUUGAUGAUUUUAUUAAUUGGUUAUGGAAUACUGGUGGAGUGUUUUCAAAAGCAGAACAGAGUUGGGAAGCAUGGUGGCUCGAGGAAAACAGCCAUCUGAGAACAACUGGUCUUUGGGGAAAACUUCUAGAGAUCAUUUUGGAUCUUCGUUUCUUCUUCUUCCAGUAUGCUAUUGUAUAUCACCUUAAUAUUACUGGUCACAACAAAAGUAUAGCUGUCUACUUUAUUUCCUGGUUAUCCAUGAUUGCACUUGUCGGUAUUUACAUAGUUAUAGCAUAUGCUCAGGACAAGUAUGCUGCGAAGGAGCAUAUAUAUUAUCGACUAGUUCAAUUAAUAGUCAUAGUGAUUACAGUGCUCGUGCUUAUUAUACUGAUGCAGUUCACUCCCUUUAACACGGGUGACCUUGUUACUUGUCUCUUGGCAUUCAUUCCCACUGGCUGGGGCAUAAUAUCAAUAGCCCAGGUGCUUAGACCUUUCCUGCAAACCACCGUCGUAUGGGAUACUAUUGUUUCCUUGGCUCGGUUGUAUGAUCUACUGUUUGGAGUGAUUGCCAUGGCUCCUUUGGCACUGCUCUCAUGGUUGCCUGGUUUCCAGUCGAUGCAAACAAGAAUCUUAUUCAAUGAAGCCUUCAGCCGAGGCCUCCAGAUAUCUCGUAUCAUUGCUGGCAAAAAGAGUGUAUGAGAUGUGAAUUCAGGUUUUCAAGCUUUCGGGUUGCGUAACUACUAUGUGCAUUCAAUGAAAUCAAGCAACGGCUUUUUCACGCAAAAGGACUUUGGAGUUCCUUUAGAUUCAAGAUUUGUACAUACUGUUCAUAUGUAAUGCAGUAGUCCAUGCACUAUUGCUGUUGAUCACCAACAAUUUACUGAGGGCAUUUUGACUAAUUAUCCAGUCCUCUGUAUUUCAUUAAAAAUCAGUUCUAAUAGAACUUUCCUCUGCCCUGUUCAUGCUGACAACCUUAAUGAUUUUAUAUUUCUGUUUUUUGACUUAUGACUAUGUUGUUCAAGAUCCAGUGAAUUGAGUAACUGAAAUGAAAAAUCAGUUCUGAUAGAACUUUCCUCUGCCA